AUGGCCAAUACAGCGAAGAAUAUUGAACCAUUAAACGGCCAUCACUCGGUAAGAAUAGAUUUAAUUAUCAGAAAGAAUGGCAAAGUUUUUGCUGUGGCCGAAGUAAAAAAUAAUUCUCACGAAAUUGAAUCAGCUAUCAAGCAUCAAUUACUUCCGGCAAUGGGAACUCUGAGUGCCACCCAAGGGAAAGAUCGACCAGCAAAUAAUCCUACUACUCCCAAAAUUGCUAUGGCUCCACCAACUCCUAAAAUAACCGGUCAAUUAGCCUUGCCUCCUAAUUUGUUUUGCUUCUAUAGAUUUGGUGAUGUUCGGUCUUUUGCUCGUUUAACG